GCCGAAGCGAAGAUGCCGAAGGGAAACAACGCGAUCCCCCACGUUCACCAGAAGAAGCACUGGAACCCGUGCUCUUCGCAGAAGGGUAAUGUGAAGGUGUUCCUGAACCAGCCGGCGCAGAAGAACCGCCGCCGCCGUCUGCGCCUGGUGAAGGCGAAGAAGGUCUUCCCCCGCCCGCUGAAGGCGCUGCGUCCCCAGGUGAACUGCCCGACGGUGCGCCACAACAUGAAGAAGCGGCUGGGCCGCGGUUUCUCCCCUGCUGAGCUGAAGGCCGCCGGUCUGAACCCCCGAUACGCCGCCACCAUCGGCAUUCGCGUGGAUGGCCGCCGUAAGAACAAGUCCGAGGAGGGCAUGAACGUGAACGUGCAGCGCCUGAAGACCUAUCUGAGCAAGCUUGUGCUGUUCCCUGUGAACCACAAGAAGGUGCAGAAGGGCGAGGCCUCGGAGGAGGAGGUGAAGGCGGCCACUCAGGACCGCUCUCGCUUCGGCGAUGCCGCCGUGGGCCCGGUUGUGAUGCCCGCCAAGGAGGCGCCGCGCGCCGUGACGAGCGAGGAGGCGACGAAGAACGUGUACGCGUUCCUCAAGAAGAACCACUCCGCCGUCCGCUUCUUCGGUGCCCGCAAGGCUCGCGCGGCGCGCAAGGAGGCUGCCAAGGAGGACAAGGUUGGCAAGUAA